ACCACCUCUCCUCCUCAUAAAAGAAAUAACAUAAGAAGAAAAAAAAACACAACACGCAACAACUGGAAAGAAAAAGAGAGAUAGAAGUCAUGGCAACCAACGUUAACGACGAAGAAUACGACAGAGUGAAAGAAGUAAAGCAGUUUGACGAAUCAAAGAUCGGAGUUAAAGGCCUUGUCGACUCCGGCAUAACCACCAUCCCUCGUUUCUUCGUUCACCCACCCGAUGUUCUGUCCCAACUCAAACCCGGAUCCAAAACCCGACCCGACCUCGUCAUCCCCACAAUCGACCUCUCUGGCGUUGACUCUCACCACAACCGCUCCCUUAUCGUUGACCAAAUCAGACAAGCCUGUUCAAGUUUCGGGUUCUUCCAGAUUAUCAAUCAUGGUGUACCCCUGGGAGUUCUGGACCGUACGAUUGAAUCAAUCAAAGGGUUCCACGAGGAACCAACGGAGACUAAGGCGCGGUUCUAUACUAGAGGGCCAGGAACAGGCGUAUCUUACAUUUCUAACGUGGAUUUGUACAACUCCAAAGCUGCAAGUUGGAGGGACACCCUUUAUCUUAGAAUGGGUCCCAAGAUGGCAGAUCAUGAUCAAAUCCCUGAGAUAUGUAGAAAUGAGGUGAUUGAGUGGGACCGAGAGAUCAAACGGCUAGGAGAGGUUUUAUCAGGGCUGAUGUGUGAAGGGCUUGGAGUAGAGACAUGGAGGUUGAAGGAAAUGACAUGUUUGGAAGGUAGAACAAUGGUGGGUCACUACUACCCCAAGUGCCCACAACCUGAUCUGACGGUUGGGGCUGUAUAUCAUACGGAUGCAGAUGUUUUCACUGUGUUGCAGCAGGACAAUGUUGGUGGGUUGCAGGUUAAGUAUGGUGAGGAUUGGGUGGAUGUUAAACCCGUUCCUGGAGCUCUUAUUAUAAACGUUGGAGAUUUGCUUCAGAUCAUAUCCAAUGAAGUAUACAAAAGUGCAGAGCAUAGAGUCUUGGCCAACUCUUCCCAUGAACCACGAGUCUCAAUUGCAGUUUUCUUUAAUGUAGGCAAUAGGGAUGACCUGUGUGGGCCGCUGCCAGAGCUAAUAUCAUCAGAGAAACCAGCUCUCUAUAGGCAGUUCACCGUGACAGACUUCAUGACAAGGUUCUUCAAAACAGAGGUGGAUGGCAAAUCUUUAUCAAAUUACUAUAAGCUGUAAACAUAGACAGCGAACAAUAUGAACGUCAAUGCCGUGUAAAGAUGCGUAUGAGCUCUUUAUGGUAAAUUUAAUGUUAAUUAAAAACUCAUUGUUUACAAGCCAAUAAAUAAAGUCACUCUGCUGAGGAACAUGUCUGGACUUCAAUCAUUCCUGAUUGGAUUGAAGAUAUGGCUAGAUUUGAAGGAACAAGUUAAACGAAGUCUAGGUUUGUGGUCUAGAUUGUUGCUGUGUACCUCCUUUUGCUAUGCUCUGUUUUGUAGCUUGUGCUCUGUUUCUGUGUAACUUCAUUUGGCUGGUUUGAAUGAAAGUUUCAGUUUGUUUUCCAAAAUAAAAAAAGUCACACUUCAAAGUUUCACAAA